AUGACGGUCUUCAUUGCUUCCAUAUUUCUACCCUACACUAUCAACUUCCAGACCACCGAGCUUAAGCGCCGCAAGUCGUCCGCUAGUCAUUCUCAUGCAGACGAUCAUAUCAUAGGAAGACUAGCAGAGUCGCACCGGAGGCGUCACUCGAAAACAUUCAACCAGUCAUUGACUCCUGGAGCGACCACCGAAGACGAAAAGAUUUUCAAGUCAUAUGUGUCGAAGUCAGCAAGCGAGGUCCCGUCGGCCGAUGAUCCCAAUGGCCCAGGUCCCAGCGACCCUCCAGUAGUGUCCUGGGGCCAGAGUCGUAAAUUCAAUCAACCACGCCCCAAAGUGUCCAACUAUCCUGACCGCUCAAUUCUAAGCCGCUUUGGUCUGGGUUACGAAGACCAGCCGACCUAUCUCGAAACCGCCUUAGAGACACCAGAUUCAGAAGAGGAUCGUGCAAGUCUGCGUGCAUUGCUCUCCGAUGUUGACUGGACCGUGAAAUCAGCUGAGCAAGGCAAUGGAGGCUUGCGAAAUGCAGUCAACGCUGCCGAAAAGGCAGGCAUCCUAUCAGACAAGAUGUGGGUCGGCACAUUGGGUAUGCCCACCGACUCCCUGAAGGAUGAAACCCGCUCGAGUAUCUCGGAGACGCUGGAAGACGAGUAUGAAUCAAUUACAGUAUUUGUCGGUGACCACGAAUUCGAAGGGCAUUAUUCGCAUUUUUGCCACUCGGUCUUAUGGCCUGCCUUCCAUUACCAAAUGCAAGAGAGUCCCCGACACAACGAGUAUGAUGACUACUCUUGGAAGCAGUACGUCAAGGUCAAUGAGGCAUUCGCAAAGACCAUUGCAGUCUAUUGGCGCCCCGGGGAUACUAUCUGGGUUCAAGACUACCACCUCUUACUCCUGCCAUCUAUGCUGCGGGAACUCUUGCCUAACGCAGAAAUCGGGUUCUUCAUGCAUGCUGCAUUCCCUUCGUCUGAGAUAUUCCGCUGCCUCAGUGCACGAAAUGCCCUCCUGAAUGGGCUCCUCGGGGCAGAUCUUGUUGCUUUCCAAACAGACGAAUAUUGCUAUCAUUUCCUUCAAUCAUGCAGUCGGCUUCUAAGUUUGGAGGUAUCUGUCAAUGGAGUCCAACUGCCGGGUCGUUUCGUGCAUCUGAAAAAGCUACCCAUUGGUAUAGAUACGAAUUCCCUCGAUGAUUUACGGCAAACCGCUGGUGUGAAGGAUUGGAUUGCGAGCAUCUUCUCCAGAUACAAAGACAAACAUUUGAUUAUCGCGCGGGACAGACUUGAUGCUCCCGGAGGUGUCAAGCACAAGUUGAUGGCAUAUGAGCUGUUCCUCAAGAAAUAUCCUAAGUGGAGAGGAAAUGUUGUCCUCGUCCAAAUUGCCUCCGCAUCAGAAAUGCCAGAAUUAGAAGCCCAGGUUUCAAAGAUCGCCAUGAGAAUCAAUUCCACCUACUCAACGCUUACCCAUCAGCCACUAGUGCUCUUGAGACAAGAUAUCAGUUACUCCCAGUUUCUGGCCCUCAUGAGCGUAGCAGAGAUUUUCAUGGUGACCAGUCUGAGAGAAGGCAUGAACCUCCAGAGUCAUGACUUUCUCCACUGUCAGGAUGGGAGAAUAACAGCUCAGCAACAUGGCUCCCUUAUUCUGAGUGAGUUCACCGGAAGCGCUUCUAUCUUUCAUGGACACGAUCUGUUGGUCAAUCCCUGGAAUUACAAGGAGGUCGCAGACAUGAUCAACAAAUCGCUGGAGAUGUCACCAGAGCAGAAAAAGCAGAAUUGGGAGUUCUUGCUCGAGAGGAAAGCCCCAUAUACCGCAGUGUCCUGGUGCAAUUCGUUCAAGACGGCUUUGGCCGAGGCACGCAGCACACAACUAGCUCGUGAACUCAGUCAAGUUUCAUCUCUCUCAAUCCCUGCCUUGAAAGAAACCUACGAUAGAUCUGGUUUGCGACUCUUCUUUAUCGAAGAUGAGGGGGGCUCUUCCGCCACUUCUGCACUUUCCCACCAGUCGCUCUCUUUGCUCGAGCGUCUCGUCAUGGACCCCAAGAAUGUGGUUUAUGUGACGAGCAGCAAGAGCCCGGAGAAAUUGGAAUCACUGCUGAAAGAAUUUUCCAGUCGAGUUGGUUACAUUGCUGAAAAUGGGUGCUACAGACGAGACAUCGGGUCCACCCAAUGGAGGGCACUGGUUGACCUGGAAAAGGCCAAAGACUGGCGAAGCGGCAUCCGCAAGGUGAUCGAAUACUACCAUGAAAGAACCGAAGGUAGUCAGAUAGAGGAGGGCCAUUGUCUUCUAACCUUCUGGUAUAACAACGCGCAUGACCCCGACAUUGCUGCCCGACAAGCGUCCGAUCUUGCAGAUCAGAUCAACGGCACCCGUGGCAGCGAGGCUAUUCGAGUCGUCCUCACUGAGGGCGCGGUGGGCGUUGAGCCUCUGGACGGUACUAAAUCAAAAGCGGCUGAGUCCGUCUUAGAUCUGCUCCCACGGGUCCCGGAUUUCUUAUUCGUCGCGGGCAGCACUCGCGGUGACGAAACCCUGUUCCGCUGGGCAAAUCACCUUCAAUCGACAAACAUAAUCCGCAACGUGUCAACCCUUACCACCGGCACGCACGCCACCGAGGCCAAGGCUGUGCCACCCAAGAGCAUGACCGUGACUGACAUUAUAGGCGUUCUUUGCAAUCCAGCCUUGAGCGGAUACGCAUCGAUGAAUGGCGACGGGCCUAUCGUCGACGGUGACACAUCCAUUCCAAGACAUCCCAUUGCUGGGUUUUGA